AAAAAGCGGGAUCCGUCCCGGGCCCGCAGAGACUCAAUAGCCAAAUCCCCCAUCCACAAACAAGAAAUCUCCCCAAGCGUGCAAACCCACUACUCGUAAACCCACCUCCCUCAGCAACCGCCCCAAAACAUGGCAUCUCCCCCCGCAUCAUGACCUUCAUGGGCAUCGGCAUGCUCACCAUAAGCACCUACUGCGGUUUUCUCUACGCCUCGUACACCCGCGAAGUCAACCAAUCGCAAUCCCUCACCGUCCCGCAAGAUGUUUCAGACCGCUACAACCACACAGCGUCCACCUUUGACGCCGACGUCGACAUGUCAGAGAAGCUGAUGCGACUGGGCCGAAAACGGCACCAUCUUAUCCAGAUGGCAAGGGGGAAUGUGCUCGAGGUCAGCUGCGGUACUGGUCGGAACUUGGCGCACUAUGAUCUGAGCCAGGUGCAGGGGCAGGGACAGGGGGUGGAGCGCGGACACGAAUAUGGACAAGGGCAGGGACAGGGGUUGUUGAGCGUCACGUUUAUUGAUCUCAGCUCGCAGAUGGUGGAUGUUACGCGGCAGAAGUUCGAGAGGAUGUAUCCGCGGUUUGUGCAAAGGGUGAAUUUUGCCGUGGCAGACGCGGGUGCCGUCAAUCCAUCAGUGGCAGCUGCAGGAGCAGCCAACCCGCGCUAUUUCGACACGAUCGUGCAGACAAUGGGUCUUUGCUCGAUGCCAGAUCCGGUGGGCACGCUGCGGCAUCUGGGCUCUAUCACGGAGCCACAGCACGGGCGGAUUCUCCUGCUUGAGCAUGGCCGAUCGUACUAUGACUGGUUGAACCGGGUGCUCGAUAACCUGGCUCCUGCCCAUGCGGAUCGGCACGGGUGCUGGUGGAAUCGGGAUAUUGGGAAGAUCGUACGGGACAGCGGACUAGAGGUUGUGGAGGAGAAGAGGUGGCAUUUUGGGACGACUUGGCGCUAUGUGCUGAGGCCGAGGCCAAAGUCGGGUUGA